UGUUGUUCUUGUUUUAUUUGCAUUUUGUUUUCGUUGGUUUGUUUUGUUUAUCCUUUUCAAAUUUAAGGCCACUGAUCGAAUGAAAUUUUUACAGAAGUCCUUCUUUGUACUCAGUUUUCUUUCGAACUUUGGUGGAUUAAGAGUUAGUUUUUCUAGGAUGUCUUGCUCACUCAGUGACAGUGUCAAAUUUCCUCCAAGUAUCCGCGAAUUUGGAUAUGCAUUUAAUUCGGAUGGUAAACUGUGCCAAUUAGAUCCAAUUUCUGGCAUGUUGACCGAUAAGCCUUUUGAAUUCAAUGUCACCCCAGAUCAAACUUACAACCAGAAACGCUAUGAAGCGCUGGGAGAGCUAAUUACUCCUUAUGUUUAUGAAAUUCUAACCAAUGAUUUGAAUUUGGAAAAACUUGAUGUACCAGACAAUGGGCAAACUCCAUCUUCCUUCAUUUUUGCAUCUAAAGAUGCUCUUUCAAAUCCUGAUAAACUAAUGGUUCUUAUCCACGGCAGUGGAGUUGUAAGAGCUGGCCAAUGGGCUCGAAGUCUUAUCAUCAACGAUAAUCUUCAAUCUGGAACUCAAAUACCUUACAUUAAGCAAGCAAAAGCUGAAGGCUAUGGAAUCCUUGUACUCAAUACUAAUGACAAUACGCGUGUUGUCGAUGACAAAGUUGUACCUAUCAAGGGGAGCAGUAAUCCAAUAGAACAUGCCUCCUGGGUAUGGAAAAACUAUGUAAGAAAAGCCCUAGCUAGGAAGAUUGCUGUUGUUGCCCACAGUUAUGGUGGUGUUUGUGCUGUUGAAUUGGCAAACACAAUGUUUGAGGAUUUUUCUACACGAGUUUUCGCCAUUGCCAUGACAGACUCAGUGCACCAAAUGAAAUUUAGACAUCUAAAACCUGAAGUUCAGAAGUAUCUUUGCAAGGUUGGGCGAAAUUGGGUUUCCAGUGCGGCACCUUUGGAUGAAAUAAUAGAGGAUGACAAGAAAUCAGAUAUCACCUCAGUGUCAGCAGGUCACAAAAAGCAUGAGAUGACCUCUUGGUCCUGUAAGGAUUCUCUUUUUGAGUACCUGCGCGAGUGCUACAAACAAUGAGAUUGGUGUAUUUGUGACAUUUUUGGUUGACUUACUCCAAUCGGAAAAAGAUUCUGUCCCUUUUAAAAUAAACGCAAGUUUUGUGAUUUGAA